UUGUUCGGUGCGUUUUUUUUAUUUUGUCGUGUGUGCAACCAAAAAAAAUGACCACAUACGGAUCGGAUCGAGCUCUAAAUAAUCAUGGCAACCCUGAAUUAAGUAGUGACAAUUCAACCGAGAAAAAGCAGAGCUACUCGUUGAAUCUCCAUACAAGUCACUUGGCCGCUUUGCAUCUACUUCUAUCGCUGUCGGUUUUCAUUACUAGUGUUUACUUGGAAUUGCAAUGGUUAACUGAACAAAAUUGUCGAACAUACUACAUAAUGAUAUACAUAAGAUGUAUCUUUUGGAUCGCUUCAUGUGUAUUAGAUGCAUUGUUCACACGCAGACACAAUGAAUUACGUCGACACGGUUACCAUGAUUUUUAUCGUGAUAAGAUUCUAAGCUACAAAAAUGCACCACUUUUUAUUGUAACAAUCUGGAAUAUGGUGCUGUUUCUGGUGCAAACAAUCAUGUUUGAGAAUUAUGGUUCGGAAUUUUUGUUGCAGUGCCAAAGGAUCGCCCAGUCACCCAUCACAUAUGUGUGCAUUUUUUGCGGUCUCGAAACAAUUCUGCUGAUGAUCGUGCAUGGAACGUAUAUUAUGAGAGUUUAUAAAUUUAAUAGCACGCAUUCGUUACCGGACGCGUUAAGGGAUAUUGAACAACCGUUUCUUGGAUCGCUGGGCAUUACAAUUGAUAAUUCCAAAAUUGGAGAUUUGUUAGAAAAACAAGCUGAUUUGAUUUACUAUCUUAAAGAACAAAAUUUCAACCUCAAACGGAAAUUGUUACAGCUUAAUCAACGAACAGAUGUCUGUGGGAGUUAUCAAAAGAUUUAGUUUUUAUAUUAAUUGAUGUACUUUAAAGUUUUUUUGUAAUACAGGGAAUCAUUAUUAAGAAGGAUCUUAAUAAAGAAAGAAAGAUCUAUAUUGA